GUGCAGAUCAUUUUGAUGAACGGACAAGGGAAGAAAGGGCCCACUCGAUCACGGCUUCCUGAUCAGAGUUGUCGAGUCUACAAGGCGGCGAACAUAACUGUGAAAUCAACAAAUCGUUCACUGACGAAAAUGACGACCAAGACGACAACAAAACCACCGUUUGCGGUAGCCAAGAAAAGGGUAACCUUCGUCCAUAAUCAAUACAAUUCACCGUUGGAACUUUACUCAGCCGAUGAAAUAGCCCAAACUCUUCGUCGCCAUGCUUCGUUAUUGUCUAAUGGAGCAGUUGGGAUCGACUUUUGCUCGCUGUCGCCGUCAGUUUUAAAACGAUCAGAAGUCUACAAAAUGUUGACCGAAGAGCAGCAAGAGCAGCAGGAACGUCGGCCUUGGCAACUGCGCAAUAAAAAGACGUCUACAUCGUCAGACAUGAAACGCGUAGCCUGGCCGCCAGUCGGUCCUCAUAUGGCCCCCGAAGUUCCCAGCGCAAACGAACACGACAACGGGACCGCUAGUGUGCUGCAGCAGAACGGCGCCGAAGAGAUAACGCAAUAUUAUCAAAACGAUACGAACAGGUUCUCGAACCAACAUCAAGUCUCGCCCGGCUCAAAAGUUGCCCCACCAGUCCCGCCCAAACCGGGCGCCCGUGAAAUUGCCAAUGCUCAGCAAUCAGCCGAAUACGACAGCGACAAUACAAUGGCAGCAAAUGGAAUGCCAGAGGCUUUUGCUUCAAACGAGUUGGUAGGAGAGAGAUUGUUGAUCGCCAAGCCAGCCCCACCGCCCGGCUUAAUCCUCCUCAAGAAACACGCACCGAUUUCGCAAGAACCUCAAGCUGUAUUCAACUCACAGCCUGUUUUCAAACGAGCCACUCCAGUCCGAAUGCUUGGAGAUAUGGUGUGGCCUCCAAAAGGGGCGGGCGGCUCAUCGGACAAUUCCACGCAGUCACCCGGCGUUGUCCGUCGUCAACCCAAGAAUUACCAAGAAUUUUUCAGCUCCAAUCAAUUACCCGCAAACUUCCCAACGUAUCGCGCUCCACCCGGUACCCAACAUUUCGGGCUUGAAGAAGGUGAAAACACCACGCCCAUGUGAAGUCCGAAAAUCAUUGCGAUAUGGGACGAUGGCUCACAAUUUCUGGCCAAACACACAGCCAUCUCUUUUCUUAUUUGAUUAGCUGCUUACGAAAGACGGAAAACAGUUCCAUUAAAAACAAACGCAGCCCUCUCCCCCUCCCCCUAUUUUUCACCCUCGUCAAAUUUGUUACCACUUGGAAAAUCAUGCUAUGCGUUUUUUUCUAAACGAAUUUUAUUUUUCAUUAUUAUUAUUAUUUUUUUUUUGUAUCCCUUUCGCUUUGUGAUAUAUAUUAUACAGCCAGAAGGGUUUGAUUCGUCUGGCGCCGUUCUGCACAGUAACUUGAGUGAACAUCCAAUUUUUUUUUUCUUUCUUGAAAUAACUUUUUCGGUUGCAGAAUUUCCGCCUAUCGUCAGCUAUCUUCUUUGUAAGAAUGACCCAUUGGAUUUUCUGCUACAAACUUCUCGACUUUUGGGCCUUGUCUUUUUCUUUUGCUUUGAUUUUGCACGUCAAGCAGUGCAAUUCCAGCACUGAAACUACUACUGCUUUUCGGCUUAAUAAGCAAAAUUCAAGGGAGUCAACAAUCAAAAAAUUGAUAACCAAUAGACGAAAACUGCGUACCAAACCGCCUUGCCUACUCCUUCCGUCAUCUGGCUUCUCCAACCAGCUCUUUCUACACUUUGACCAUCGUGUCUCCGCAUUAUUAUUAUUAUUUUUUUCUUUUCCAAAUUGUCGAAUCUGUUAACCUAAAUCUAAUACAUGAUGACAAAAACUGAA